CAGACGCGCUUGCCUUUAAGGUUCCCUGACAUGAAAUGACUUCAUGCUUCUGUUUAGAAAGGAAAGGGAUUUGUCUACUGUUAAUAUUUAAAUUAGCAGUUGUUGUUUUUGUCGCGUGUGCUAAAAUGCUGACGCCAGAUCUUUAAAUGUUAGCCGCCCCGCUAAUUGCUAGAGUGUGCAUGUGACACGAAGCGUUUUUGCCUCGUAUGUUAAGAAGACUAUUGAUUGUAAAUACACUCAACCUUGCUCUUUUUAUUUUGAUUCACUAAAAGAGAAGGAGAGCUAGGUAUUACUGAAUGUCAGCGACGUUACUACUGCACUUCCGGACUACAAAUACGGUUCGCUCACUGAUUUCUGUUGCCGCGCGUGCUCCAGCGCUGACGUUCUCUCUGUAAACAUGAACGUGAAAUAGGUUUUUGUAGUUUUACUAACAAGUGGUAACUUGUGAACGAAGAGUUCUCAUGACACAAUGCACAACUUGGCGCGUUACCUCAUCUUUUUUCAGUACAUUGGGACAAAAUACAGAGGAGUAGUAAAAAUACCGCCACACCAGCUGGGUCAUUCGGGGGUUCAGGAGCACUUGGAGGAAGCAAUUAAGAGACUGAGACCAGUCAACCCAGUGUCUCUGUCGGUGUCCAGUAGGACAGACAGAGGUGUCCACGCCCUCUCGAACUCGGCUCACUUUGACCUCCAGCGCAAAAACGACAAGCCUUUCACUGAGGACGUUCUGGUUAAAGCGCUCAAUUUUCACCUCGAAGAACAGCAAAUCAGGGUCACCCAUGCUAACCGCGUCCCUGACGACUUUCAUGCCCGUUAUUGUGCUCAGUCUCGGACCUACGUCUACCGAAUAGCGCUGGGCGUCACCCACCACACUCUGCUCCCACUCACAGACUGGAAUCUGUGCUGGAGUCUCCGCAACACAGAGCUGGAUAUAGACGCCAUGCAUGAGGCUGCCGCACUGCUGGUUGGGACUCAUGAUUUCAGCAGCUUCAGGGCAGUGAACUCUGAUUUGCCUUUUAAAAAUCCUGUGAAGACGAUGGAUGUGGUUGCCAUACAGCCUGGAAGCUCCUUCGCACAUUCACAUUUUCACAGACGGCUACAAUUCUGGGAGCUGACCUUUAAAAGUCGAUCUUUUCUCUACAAGCAGGUGAGGAGGAUGACUGGAGUCUUGGUGGCUGCAGGCCAGGGACUGCUGUCCGUAUCCCAGGUCAAACAGAUCUUGGAUGCGCGGGACACUCUAGCCUUCCCUCAGGGGAUGGCGGCUCCAGCCCAUGGCCUCUUCCUUAAAAGUGUAGACUACAAAGAGUCCGACCUUCUGUUCUCCCAAAAGCCUGACAUCACUGAGGACCCAGAGACAUGACAAUACUACAUGAAUAACAAAUAUUUGAUAUAUUUGUAAAGUCUUUAUGAUACUGACUAUAAUAAAGUUUUUU